AUGUUUAUAAACACCGACGAAUUGUUACCUGCAGAACAAAUUGAAUUGACCAAACUAGCAAGAGGUGCCGCUAAUAUAGCAUAUCACAACUUCGAAUGGCGAUAUAUAACGUUAGUUUUUUUUAAUUCUGCUAUCAUUCAUGGAGUUCAGAAAUUUAUAUCAACAUAUGAAAAAAGUCAAAUUAUUGUACAUGGCUUCGCACACCCACAACACGUACACCAAACACAUCAAUUCGUUUUAUUUGGAGAUACUAUCACAGAAAUUAUAAACUUACUUGAUUCAAUGAGUGUACACGAAUUAGAUAAUACAGGCAAAUAUAUAAUUAUAUGUGAAUCAAAAAUAAAUGCACAUUGUGAUGAAGAAGAAGCUGCAGACGUCUUUUGGAGUCACAAAAUAAUAAAUGUUGUAUUUAUAAAACACCACGCGAACAGUAAAGAAUUAAAUGGUUACGUCUACCAAUUUGACAAAAACUGCCACAGUAUAAGACCAUACAAGUUGAAUAGUUUGAAUAAUUGCCUAAAUAUUAAUCAAACAGAAUGCAAAGGAAUGUUUCCUAUAAAGUUGGCAAAUUUGUAUAAAUGUCCGAUUACAGUUUCAACGUUCGCACGAACACCUUACAUGAAAAUUGAACAUGGCAAGCCCAGGGGCGCAGAUGGCGAUUUGUUACGUUUAAUUGCCGACGGCUUAAAUGCAACUCUUAUUAUGAUGACCCCACGUCGUGGUGACGGAUGGGGAAGACUUGGAAAAGACGGCUACUGGUUCGGAUCAUUAGCAGACGUUUAUGAUGAUGUAGCAAAUUUUUCCAUGACUUCUGGAGCGCUAACUCUCUCCAGAUUUUCCUAUUUUCAAAUGUCAAUAGAUUACUACGCAACGAAAAUAGUUUGGAUUACGCAUCAUGCAAGUAUGAAACACUCAUCAUUAAAGUUGCUGUAUCCAUAUAAAGCAUCAACUCAAGUGGUGGUGAUUAUUAGUUUUGUGUUUGUUGUUAUUUGUACUGUUUUUAUAAGAAAUCAAUUUUGGAGCAAGUUCAACCAAAGCAUUAAGUUAUAUGAGCCUAUAUUCUACUUUUGGAUGAUUUUUAUGGGUUUGCCGGCUACAUAUCUACCGAGAAAGCUAAGAGCAUUAAUUAUAGUAAUGCUGUGGAUGUGGUACUGUUUUUUGUUACGAACUACUUACCAAGUAUUCCUUAUAACAUCCUUACAGAACAACUAUUAUUAUGCAGAAAUAGAAACUAUAGAAGAGGCAUACAAAGCACAAUAUCGCUUUGGAGGUGGCGCGGCUUUAAAGGACUACUAUAUAGAUUACCCUUUAAUAUAUGAAGGGUGGCAAGAGUUAAAGACCGCUGAUAUCAUACCGACUUUACUUAAAUUAAAUGAUGGACUGCAAUUCGUGUUAGCAAUGAAUUUGGAAACCGCAACCGCAAUAAUCAGGAAAUAUAAUAUUAGAGCUCAUAUCUUGUCACAAAGAAUAGUUAGCAGUCCCACCGUAAUAUUUUUCAAGAAAUAUUCGCCCCUAGCUAAGUCUGUUAACCACGUAUUGAGACAAUUAGUAGAGGCUGGUUUUCCAGAUAAAACAUACAAGGAUAAUGUAAAUAUAAAAAUAUCACGUAAAGAUAAUGUGGGUCAUCAACCUAUCAAUACGCAAAAUUAUACUGGUUGUUACGUAAUACUGUUCUUUGGUUGGAUAAUAUCAUUUUUAUUAUUUUUAUUAGAGCUUUGCGUGAAUAAAUUGAAUAAUACGUAAAAUUUAUGUGUCAAUACAAAGUUUCCUCACACUGUAUCUUGUCUACAAUAUACAGUGUCCGGAAUCAACUUCGUAAUCAACGACAUUAUACUGAAACUGCUGCACCCACGCCACGUACCUAGUUUAGGGCACAACUUUAGUAGUGAACCAUCACGUUAA